GAACAAGUUUUUGGCGGCAGUAAGUUUUUAAGUGAUAAAUCAUUGUUUACAACAUGGUUGAGGACAAAAAUCAAAACGUCGAAUUAACAGACCACGAAGCAGAGUUGUAUGACAGACAAAUUCGUUUAUGGGGUUUAGAAUCACAAAAGCGUUUACGGGCAGCCAGAGUUUUAUUAAUAGGGUUAAAUGGUUUUGGAGCAGAAAUAGCAAAAAAUAUUAUUCUAGCAGGUGUGAAAGCGGUUACAUUUUUAGAUCAUAGAAAUGUAACAGCCGAAGAUAGGUGUUCUCAAUUCCUUACACCUAAAGAUUCGCUUGGUAAAAAUAGGGCUGAGGCAUCCUUACAACGUGCAAAAAAUUUAAAUCUUAUGGUUAAUAUCGAAGCAGAUACGUCUAAUGUAGAUGAUAAACCAGACACAUAUUUCAGCAAUUUUGAUGUUGUUUGCGCAACACAAUGUUCCAUUACUCAAAUAAAGAAAAUUAAUGGUAUAUGUAGAAAGCAUAAUGUGAAAUUCUUUGCUGGAGAUGUGUGGGGAACUUUUGGCUAUACUUUUGCCGACUUAAUAGAGCACGAAUAUGCAGAAGAUAUAGUGCAAACAAAGAAAAUACAGCUCUCAGAAAGUGGAGAGCCUGUAAUUAAAGAAAAGUUUGAAAAUAUAACUGUGACAGAGAAACGCACAGAUACUUUUGUGCCUUUUGAAUCAGUUUUGAAUGUUCCAAAGCUUUCCCUUCCUAAAGAAUCAGAAAUGUAUUAUAUGAUGUUAAUAAUGCUCAAUUACCGUGAAAAAUACAAUAAUGAUCCACCGCCCGGUGAAAGAGGUUCAGAGAAUUUCACGGCCGAAGCCACGGAAGUUAUUAAAAAAUAUGAUCUUGGGGAUAAAAUAAACCAUUUGUUCGAGGGUGACGUGUAUGCCCAAAUUAGCCCAGUAUGCGCCAUCGUCGGCGGUAUUAUGGGCCAAGAGAUAAUUAAAACAGUAUCGCAGAAAGGCGCACCGCAUAAUAAUUUAUUCGUCUUCAAUCCCGACACGUUGUGCGGAAAAAUUUUGAAACUGGGUCAGUAACGUUAAUUUAACGCGUUGGUA